AUGCAAUUCAACAGCUUCACCAACAUGAGCGUGGCUCUCAUCACCCUCCUCCUUCCAUUGACUGCCAUCGCGGUCCCUGUUGACUCCCCUCAGCCCGAGGCGCGUGAGAUCGACCCCGGCUGCACCCUUACUUGCAGUCUAUGGAAUUACUGCCUAAUCAGAAACCUUACCGAUCGCACGAAGUGCGGUGAAGAGCCUACCGGCUGCGAGUGCUCCACAUUCGCAUUUUGA